UUUUAUAUAAUAAUGAUGGUCGACUACUUUACAUAUGAAUCUUAUUCCCGUAUAUUUAAAGUAUAUCGUCUUCAAAACAUGUAUUUCAGUAGGAACACUGUGCUUCGGUUUAAGUACGCGAUGUUUGUGCACUGAUUACCAGAUGUGGGAGGAAGACAGAAUUUUCAAACUUCCCAUUGCCAAGUGGCAAUUAUUUUCGAUGUGUCACGUUUCUCAUUCCGCAAAGUUAGACCUCGAAGUGUGAAAUAUCGCUGUACAUAGAGUACUGAUGGACAAGUACAAAAGGACUUGUAAAUUAUAUUGCACUUAUAUGCACUCCGUGCAAUUUUACUGUCAACUAUGGUUUACUACCACGCUUGGAAACGAAGGGUGUUAAUUCAUUUUUCUUUUCUACGCCGAUAAAGAUAGAUUGUGUCAAGUAUAAGUACUCAAGAGUGGUCAAGACAGAUGACCACAAAGAAUUGACACAUCAAAGGAACGCUGGACGUCGUAUUAAUUGUUUAUAACACCGUGCAAGGCACGACGGUUCCACAUGUCCGCCAGUACGUCAGUCAACAUGCAAACGGGAAUGCGUUCGGACAUAUCAGUGAAAUUGUGCGUAUUUCUCUUGAAGAAUCUCGGCAUAUGGAUGUGCGAAACCACUCUUGAACAAUAUGGAAGAAAUUUAAUGAUCGCGCUUACGUACAUUUUUCUCACUGUAGCUACGAUAUUUCAAAUAAGAGAUUUGUAUUUCACCUGGAUCAACGAUAGUGACAUUCUUUACAACAUCACCAACUCUUUAAGCCUGUGGAUAGGAACAGUGAAGGUCUCUAUUGUACUGCUGCACAAAGUAGAAUUCCUAAACCUGAUUGUGUACAUGCGAGAGAAGUUCUGGACCGCCGACUACGAUGCACAUGAGAAAAAUAUUGUAGAUAAGUGCCGGAGAACUUGCAUUUUUUUCAUCUGCUGUGUUACAACCGUGGGAAUGUGCGUUAUGGCCUUGUACAUAAUAACACCGUUUCUUUCACAAAGUCAAAAUAACGACACCGAAAGAAGACUUCCAUUUAAUAUGUGGAUAAAACCAUUGUUGAUGACGCCCUUCUAUGAAUGCAUGAUUGUUAGUCAGAUAUUAAUAUUGUAUUACGUAGGACUUUGUUAUUUUUGCUUCGAUAACGUUUUUUGUCUUAUGGCCGUGCACUUGGCCGGGCAGUUUCGCAUAGUGCGAUACAGGCUCGAAACGUUGUGCGACAUAGAUUAUUAUAGCCACGUCGACGAGAAAAAUCCGGAACAACAAUUGCUGAGAACAGUUGACAGGAUUUACAGUAAAUUCAAGCAAUGCGUUCGGCAGCAUCAAGCGUUAAUUAAUUUCUACGAAAGCCUCCAGAACGUGUAUACGAUGAUCAUACUCGUACAAGUGUUAAUGUUCAGUUUAUUAAUUUGCUUGUUCGGUUAUCAGAUACUGCUGUCGCCCCAUGCCACCCUUGGAACACGUUCGAUUUUCGCCUUGCUCGUAGUCGGCGCUCUGUCUCUGUUGCUCAUGUUCACGUACAGCUGCGACGAAGUGAUAGAAAAAAGCGAGAGCAUAGCUUUAGGAGCAUACUCGGCGAUGUGGUCGAUCUUACCAAUGAGCCAACCUGGCAGAUUGUUACGCAAAGAUCUGAUCACGGUUAUCGUGAGAGCCAGGCGCGUCUGUUGUCUGACAGCGAAUGGAUUUUUCCCUGUGUCGCUUGAGACUUACACCUCGAUUUUAAGCACUGCGGCGUCGUACUUCACCUUGAUGAGGAGUAACGCUGAAGGCUAGCCGAACUUAUCUGAUCAAUUCUUAAAAUAUUCAGGGAAAGGUAGAUAUGAAAUGAAAUUAUGAUUCUGUCGACGACAAUAAGAGCUGUCCUCAACAAAAUCUGCGAGUACGCAGAAACUUGAACUGUUAAUCGAGUAAAUAAAAUUGUGUUUAGAAGCAACAAAGUGUUUUACGUAUCCACUUAUGCAUAUCCAGUUCCCGUCAGUCUUUUAAUUUCUAGUUAAAUAACAGGAAAAUUCACAAAUCUCGUCUUUGACCACGUCACGUUCCACUAUGACACUGCACAAU